GCCGCGGCGGGCGGGAAGCCUGUGGCGCUGCCGGCGGCCGCCGCCUCCAGCGGGCACGGUGAACACAGACGCCCCUACAACGCCUCGGGAGUGACUGAGAACCAGCGACAAGGUCCCGCGGCCCAACCCGACUCAGGCCCUGCCCCUCCUCCGGCAGGUGCGGCCCUGCCGCGCCGGGCCGCCGCUGCGCACUGGGCGGGGCGGGGAAGCUCCUCCUGUUGAGGCACCAGAGUCGCACAGCUAGCCCGGCGGGUCUACGACGCGAGAGGUUCUCUUCCCUGCGUUUCGUCCCCCGCUGCCCUCGGAGCGGGGCGGAAGGGCGGCGCUGUCGCCGCCGUGCGCGGUCCCGUCACCUGCCGUGAGUCUGUAGAAAAUCUCUGGAAACCAAAGGCAAUGAUUUUAACCAACUCCAGCCUCAGAGAAGGGUGAAAAUCAUCUCCAACUACUGCAUUCAAUACUGCUAGAAGUCUUUUGAAUCUCCCCAAGCUGGAAUGCUUGGUGCUAUCCCUACAGGAUUAUAAGCUUUGAUAUUCAGAAGAACAAAACUGAAAGAUGCCAUCUGAGAGGUGCUUGAGAAAAGGAAGCUGAAAUCAGACAGUCCUAGGCUGGAUGACAUGGAAAUCUUGUAUUCAUACAAGGAUAUAUUCAGAGCGUUCAGGAAAUGCUGACAGGUCAGAGGCUUUGUCAGUCCAGCUCCCAUAAUGAUGCUGUCCUGGCAGCCUUGAACCAACAAAGAAGUGAUGGCAUACUUUGCGAUAUCACCCUUAUUGCUGAAGAGCAGAAAUUCCAUGCACAUAAAGCAGUCCUGGCAGCCUGCAGUGACUACUUCCGAGCAAUGUUCAGUCUCUGCAUGGUUGAAAGUGAAGCUGAUGAGGUGAAUUUGCAUGGUGUCACAAGCCUCGGUUUAAAACAAGCCCUGGACUUUGCAUAUACUGGACAGAUCCUCUUGGAACCAGGGGUGAUACAGGAUGUCCUAGCGGCUGGGAGUCAUUUGCAGCUGCUGGAGCUUCUCAGUUUAUGUUCUCACUAUCUCAUUCAGGAAUUAAAUAGUUUUAAUUACUUGGACCUGUAUAAGCUUGCGGACCUCUUCAACCUCACUUUGUUGGAGAACGCAGUGGUUGACUUCUUAGUAAAACAUCUCUCUGAGCUAUUGAAGAGUCAUCCUGAAGAAGUUCUGGCACUCCCAUACUGUCUCCUUCGAGAGGUUUUUAAAAGUGAUAGACUCACUUCACUCAGUGAAGAACAAAUCUGGCAGCUGGCUGUGAGGUGGUUGGAACACAACUGCCGCUACCAGUACAUGGAUGAACUUCUCCAGUAUGUCCGCUUUGGCCUUAUGGAUGUGGAUACACUGCAUACCGUGGCUCUUUCUCAUCCUCUUGUCCAAGCUAGUGAAACUGCGACAGCACUUAUUAAUGAGGCCUUGGCUUACCACCAGAGCAUCUAUGCACAGCCAGUUUGGCAAACCAGAAGGACAAAACCUCGCUUCCAGUCAGACACUCUUUACAUUAUUGGUGGGAAGAAACGUGAAAUCUGUAAAGUGAAGGAAUUGCGAUACUUCAAUCCGGUAGAUCAAGAGAAUGUUCAUAUUGCAGGGAUUGCAAACUGGAGCGAGCUGGCACCUAUGCCUGUAGGGAGAAGCCACCACUGUGUUGCCGUCAUGGGAGACUUUCUUUUUGUAGCUGGUGGAGAGGCAGAGCACUCCACCGGGCGCACUUGUGCGGUGAGAACUGCCUGUCGAUACGACCCCCGCACUAACUCUUGGGCUGAGAUAGCUCCAAUGAAGAACUGUCGGGAACACUUUGUGCUGGGAGCAGUGGACGAGUACCUCUAUGCGGUAGGGGGCAGAAAUGAAUUGCGUCAAGUGUUACCUACAGUGGAACGCUAUUGCCCCAAGAAGAACAAGUGGACCUUUGUACAGUCCUUUGAUCGAUCACUCUCAUGCCAUGCAGGAUAUGUGGUGGAUGGUCUUCUUUGGAUAUCAGGAGGAGUAACAAAUACUGCACAGUAUCAAAACAGGCUCAUGGUCUAUGAUCCCAAGCAGAAUAAGUGGCUAAGCCGUAGCCCGAUGUUGCAGAGGAGAGUGUAUCACUCCAUGGCUGCUGUCCAAAGGAAACUUUACGUGUUAGGUGGGAACGAUCUGGACUACAACAACGAUCGGAUCCUGGUUCGGCACAUAGACUCCUACAGCAUAGAUGCUGACCAAUGGACGCGUUGCAGCUUCAACAUGUUGACAGGUCAAAAUGAGUCUGGAGUUGCCGUCCACAAUGGUAGAAUAUAUUUAGUUGGCGGCUAUUCGAUUUGGACAAAUGAGCCUUUGGCGUGUAUCCAGGUGCUGGAUGUUAGCAAGGAAGGGAAGGAAGAGGUAUUCUAUGGGCCUACGCUCCCCUUCGCUUCCAACGGAAUAGCAGCAUGCUUUCUUCCAGCUCCUUAUUUCACGUGCCCCAACCUCCAGACUCUGCAAGUGCCUCACCACAGGAUUGGCACAAUGUGAGACAAGGAAUGUGCACUUCAUAAAAUCAGAAGUGGAGGGGGGAAAAAAUCAAACCCUAUGUAUAGAAGGGUUUCUCUGGAUGGGUGAAAAGAUCAAUCUGCACGGGCUGCUGCUUUACCUUCACACAUUUGUCUUAAAGCUGAAUCAUGGUAGGCAGGAAGGAAGCUACAAAAACUGUCUGCAGUUUCUCUCCUCUGCCUCAGAUGUAGAAACAUAUACAUGACAGCGUUUGGCGUUUCUGCUGGUGACUACUCGCUACCUGUCUCUACUUCAUCUCCUUAUGCAAGUUCGUAAGGCAUUGUGAAUGCUCUCGGCUCCUCUUGGGCUGCUGCUCUUUGGAGUCUGCACGUUCCGUUGUUCACCAAUGGCACUUUCAAAGCUGAUAAAAGCUGUGUUUAUGUUAACAAAGAUGAUAUAAUACUAUGGUAAUUAUGCAACUUACUCAAUACCUUUGGCAAAAAAGAGUAACAAAUGUGUUGACUUCCAAUUCCAAACUCCCAUUGUUUACAGGUUCUCAUUUAAUAAUACUUCAUUUGAAAUUUAAAUACUGCAAAGCAGAUUAAAACAAAAAUAAAAAACAAACAAGCCCUAUAGCAUAUGAGGAACAGAUAAAAAUUGUCUUGGCUGAAAGACAAAGCCACCGAAGCCUCACAGUUAAACCCAAGUCUGAACCGAACGUGUUUGAGAAUCUACCGAUUAUUUGGGAUGUCAUUUACCAAGGUCUACUAUCAAAUAAAUGUUACCUUCUGUCAUAAGAUCAAUUCCUCCUGACAGCUGCAGUCUUUUAAUGGUGGAGAUCAGCCUCUUUACUGUAUAAUUAAAAUGUGCCAUUUACUUAAUAUUUUUAAUAUCCAGUUUGCAAGGGGUCACCACAUUUACAAUUAUCAAGGAACAGUCUCAUUUUGUCCAACAUAUGGUCCCACAAAUCACUGGCCUCCAGAGGCUAAACAGGUGUGGAACAAUGUCAAUAUUUAUUUAUUUAUUCUUUC